UUCCGAUGAUUAAACCAGUCGAGAGUCGCAGUCGCAGUCGCAGUCGUCGUCGUCGUGAGAAAAUCGCUGCGGGAGUUGUGCGUUGAAAAAGUCAAUUGAAACGCCAUUUGAAAAAGAAAAGAAAAGUUGCCGUGCCUCAAAUUUCCAUUAGAGCUAACACACAAGCUGAAAACUUCCAACGCCAACGCAAAAAAGUGCAAUUGUGACGACGACGUCAGCAGCGACGUCGGCGUCGACAAAAUGUAUACAACUGUGUUGCAACGGCAGCGCCUGUGAACCCGAACAAUUGUUACCAGAGCGACAGGCUGUAAAUGCAUAAGACGAACAAGUGGGUAGUGGGGCAGUAGCUAAACGAGGUCCAGUCGAAAAUUGAAUAAAAAGCUCCAGUAUGAGCUAUGUGAGAGGCGGCCCGGCUGCUAGCCUGAAUUUGGAUCAUGCGCUCAGCUGUCGGGAGUUUGAGCAUUUGCGAAGCAACCUAGAGGCUGGCAUCUUCAGGCAGCGCCUGCAUGCCGCUGAGAAUCUAUACCAGCGCAAUCUCGCGGGGCACUAUGGUUGUGUCAAUGCCCUGGAGUUUAACCAUGGUGGAGAGUACCUGGCAUCGGGUGGAGACGAUAAGCGCGUUCUGCUCUGGCAUGUAGAUCAGACGCUGGCAAACGUGGGCCAGGACAACCCAAGCGUUAUGUAUGGGGAGCAUGCGAGCAACAUUUUUUGUCUAGGCUUUGACACAGACAACAAGUAUUUGUUCUCCGGCGGCAAUGACGACUUGGUCAUACAGCACGACCUGGGCACCGGCAAGAAUCUUAAUUACUUUUCACAUGACGGACCCGUCUAUGGCCUAAGUGUGGACCGUACCAGCACCAAUAUGUUUAGUGUGGCCACGGAGCAUGGCGAAAUCCUUGUCUAUGAUCUGCGCGUGGGCAAGAAUGAACCAUUGGCCAUAGCCAAGUUUCGCACGCCAUUUAAUGCAGUCGAGUUUCAUCCACUUAACGGCAACUUUUUGGCCACAGCCAAUGCCAAACGUGGUGCUCAGAUGUGGGAUUUGCGGCACCAUACACAGGCACUUUGCCAGUAUAACUACAUAACUGAAUCCCCUAGCUGCAUGAGUGUGCGCUUUAACUGCAAUGGUAGCCUUUUGCUCACUCUACACCGCCGCUUGCCGCCCAUUCUGUAUAAUCCGAGCUCGUCCGACCCGUUGUGUUCGUUUUAUCACGAUGAAUACUUCAAUUCGUGCACCAUGAAGAGCUGCACCUUUGCUGGUCCGCAGGAUGAGUUGGUGGUUUCCGGCUCGGAUAACUUUAAUAUGUUCAUCUGGCGGCUGGACGGAAUCGACCUGGAGGAAAAGAAUCAAUGGAUUGAUACGACACCUGUCAUCCUGACCGGGCAUCGAUCUAUUGUUAACCAGGUGCGCUACAAUCGCCAGCGUUGCCUGCUGGCUUCGUCGGGUGUGGAAAAGAUUAUCAAGUUCUGGAGCCCAUUUGCACAGCAUGGCUGGGAGGGUGCACUGAUUGAACCAUCCGAUACGCCCUAUUGUACACGAAUGCUUCAUCGCAACGCCACCGAUCAAGUAUCGCAAGACUUUAGCUCGCGCAAUAUGGACGAGGACCAGGUGAUGCUGGCCUUUUUUGAUACGCUGGUGCAACGUGAACUGGAGAACUGGAACAGCAACAGCAGCAGUGGCAACGGCAACGACAAUGAUCAAGAGACCACCAGCGGCAGCGACAGCAGCUCUGGCACGUCCACAGAACGCAGCGAGAGCAGCACUCAGUCGGAGGAACAGAGCGAAGUGGACACACCCAAUGUCAGUGAGCUCAGCUGGCAGACGCAUCCAAACCGCAUCUUCUAUUUGGUGGCAAAAAAGCGGCGAGCACUGUUGCAGCUGGCGGUCAAGGGCACUGGGGGCCAGCACCGCAAUGUGGAGCAGCUGCUGGCUCGGCUGCUGGGCGAGCAGCGGCAGGCAGCCACGCAAGCGCGCAUCAGCGAAUGGCUGGAGGAAACACACCGGCUAUUUGGUGAUGACGAGCUACCCACCACAUCCGCAGAGGCGGCUGCUCGGGAACGUAGUCGUCGGGACAUCAUUUCCCAGCCAGCCAGCCGCAGUCCUCGCAAGCCGCCCGAGCUACGCAUGAAUUUGAAUUUCUCCGUAGUUGGCUCCCUGCAGGCCAGUUUCGAGCAGCUGGAGCGCAAGCGGAAGCUAAUGCGGCUGCGUUUCGCAGCCAUCAAGCGAAGACGCAAUGUAAGACGUCCACGCCGAGGUCGACAGGAGACGGACAGCGCCAUGUCCUAUGAUACCGAAUGGCUGGAUGAUGAUGACGAUAAUGAGCCGGAAGUUAAUCAAGAGAACACUGUCGAGGAGAACAACAGCAACAGCACCAGCACACCCGAUGAUGAUACAUCCAACACAUCAAUGGAGGCACAACUGUCGCAGGCGCCGAGCACCUCAAACUCUGAGAAUAACAACAAACGGCGCAAUGGUAUCCACUCGGAGCCAACAACAUCGACGGUCGCAACCCAAACAAAUUUUUAAAUACAUUCAAGAAGAGGUUUCUAUCCACUAUUGUAUACUGGCAAGCCAGAAAUGAGUGUUAUUCCUUUAAGUGUAUGUAUGAUAAAAAAAAAAAAAACAAAAAAUUAGCAGAAGGCAAGAAAAUGUUCAAUUUCAAUGGAAGUUCUAUAAAUAGGAUAGUUUACCUAUAUCUAGUUUCUCGCUAACUAUAUUAUUGUCAGUUUGUCUGAAUCCCUUAGAAUAACUAUAAUUGGCUUAUUGAAUAUUAAAGGGUAUAACAUGCUCGGCAUGUAAAUAGCCUUGCGCUAUAUCCUUAUACACCGAAAAUUUCUUAUUAAAAAGAAAAACAUAGACCAACAUUUUUUUGGAUCACACUGGAUCACAUUAAUGUAUCCAUUCUGAAAAUUGAUUUAUUGUUCUUUUGAUGGCAUCAAAUAUUCGGUAUUUCGAAAUAGCUUUGAUUUAAUACUUAAGAAUCGCUUAGCCAAAAUCCAAAUGUAGUAGCUUAAUUGAGGGAAACUUAGCUGCAACUCCUUUACGAAGUUUAUACAAACCUUAACAUUGGGAAACUUUUAUUAUUUUACUUUUUUGAUCUCUGAAAAAAUGCAGUAACGAACACCAUAAAAAAAAAAAAAACAUGACAUUCUAAAUAUAAUCUUUCAUGUAUUCAUUAGAAGUAAGAGCAAAAAGCGUAUAAAAUAGUAAAUAAUUUUUUUUUUUUUCACAAAUUGCAAAUGAAAUUUAAAUGUUAAAUGUGAUUAAAAAUAUAUUAUGAAUGUCGUUAAAAGAAAACCCGAGUACAGAAAGCGAAAAA